AUGACGCUCGGUGACUCGAUGCUCAUAGCCGCCGGGACGGGAAUCGCGUUCAUUGGACUCUGCUCUGUCCCUGCUCUGGGAACGGUUGCCACUCGGCUCGGGAAGCGGGAUGCGAGGCAAGACGCGUACGAGGAUGCCGACGGCAAGGCCUCGCCCGAGUCGCUGAAGGCCUACUCGGCCGCGCUCCCCAAGUCAGUCGUCCUGGCUUCGGGGGCCGCCGGCCUCGGUGUCUCAAUUGUGCUCUUGGUGAUCUCGCCGCACGCGGAAGGGCUGCUUGUCGACAGUCUGAGUACGGCGUCUUGGGCUGUGGCCAUAGCCUCGAGCAGGAGUUCGGUGCGGGCCUUCAGACUCGGCAUCUAUACCUUCUUCUCGGCCAUCGCUCUCGCCGGCUUUCGCCUCAUCCAGGGCGUCCGGAUCGCCGAACCUCUCUUCCACUCGGCGCCGGCGGCUCUUGCCCUUCGCGUGGCCGAGCUCGCCUCCAGCAUAUCUCUUGCCUUCUCGGCGCUCUGCAUCCCGAGGAGGCCUGAUGUGUUCUACCAGGGCGGCCUGGUCGACCGGAGGUACACUGCCUCUGCGCUAGGUCGCUUCACCUUCGGUUGGCCAACGGCGCUUCUCGACCUCGCUGCUCGAAAGAAGGACCUGGACCUGGCGGACCUCACUCGCCCUGACCACAACACGCGUGCUGCUUCCGUCUCGGCUGAUUGGAAGACGAAGGACAAAGGCGGCCGCCGCCUUUGGCUCGCGAUAGCUCUCGCUCAUAAGGAGAGUCUAGCCAUCCAGUGGUUCCUCACGCUGUGUUCCUCGGUGCUGAAUUUCCUUCCCCAGUGGGUCAUCUUGCAGUUCCUCCGCUUCUUGGAGAACCGGCGGCCCGGCAGCCGUCAGAACGUUGAAGCCUGGAUGUGGGUGGUUUGGCUCUGCAUCGCUAUCAUCGCCCAGUCGUGGGUUGAGAGUUACGUUUGGUGGUUGUCGUAUGCGGACCUUCAGAUUCCGAUCCGGGCGCAGCUAGCUGCGCUUGUUUUUGAGAAAUCGAUGCGCAGAAAGGAUGUCAAGGGCGCUGGGAAGGCGAAGAAGAAGGACCCCGGGCCCGAGUCCGGGUCCGCAGAGCCUGCAAUCGGAGGGCCUGCCCUGGCGUCAACGGCCCCGGACCAUUCUGAUACCGACGUCGAGAAAGAAGAUGACUCUGAAGAGCUUAAGAAGAGCAAGCAGAGCACCGUGAACCUGAUCGGCGUCGACGGCAAGAGGGUUGCGGAGUUCUGCUCCUACCAGAACAUCUUCCCGGGCAGUCUCUUCAAGCUAAUCAUCUCGCUCGCCUUCCUGAUCGAUCUCCUCGGCUGGAGAGCUCUUUUGGCUGGCUUCUCAGCCAUGCUCGCCAUCAUGCCCGUCAACAUCUACUUCUCCAAGAAGUACUCGGCAGCUCAAGACCGCCUGAUGAAGCUCAGGGACGAGAAAAUGGAGGUCGUCACCGAGGCCUUGCAGGGCAUCCGCCAGAUCAAGUUCUCGGCCCUGGAGCCCGAGUGGGAGAAGAAGAUUAAUGGCGUGCGGAAGCGAGAGCUGAGCGCGGUGUGGAGCGUUUUCAUGAACGACACCAUGUUGAUUGCCUGCUGGAUCACGAGCCCCAUCUUGUUGUCCGCUCUUUCGCUGGCUGUGUACGCAGCCCUGACGGGAUCAUUGUCUCCGUCCGUGGCAUUCGUUAGCCUGGGCGUCUUCAGAGCGCUCGAAGUGACCCUGUCCAUUAUUCCGGAGCUCACCACGGAUCUGCUCGACGCCUGGGUUUCCGUCAAGCGUAUCGAACAGUACCUUAACUCCCCAGAAGUGGAAAAGGUUGCUAAGGACUCGGACGAGGUCUCGUUUGACAACGCCUCCAUCGCCUGGCCGUCGGAUGAGGAGAUCGACGAAGGAGACAGGUUCGUGCUCCGGAACAUCAACGUCACCUUCCCCAAGGGCGAGCUGUCCGUUAUUUCGGGCAAGACGGGAACAGGGAAGAGUUUGAUGCUCGCAGCGAUCUUGGGAGAAGUCGAUGUCUUGGGAGGCACCCUGUACGUGCCGAGGGCGCCGCCUCUCUCCGAACGACACGACGACAAAGCGAACAAGGGCAACUGGAUUAUACCCGAGGCCAUUGCGUACGUUGCGCAGAUCCCCUGGAUUGAAAACGCGAGCAUCAAGGACAAUAUUCUGUUCGGUCUGCCCUUUGACGAAGAGCGCUACAACAAGACUGUCGAGGUUUGCGCCUUGAAGAAGGACCUGGAGAUGCUCUCUGACGGCGAGAACACCGAGAUCGGCGCAAAUGGAAUCAAUCUGAGCGGCGGCCAGAAAUGGCGUGUCACCCUCGCCCGGGCUAUCUACUCCCGAGCGGGGAUUCUGGUGCUGGACGACAUCUUCAGCGCCGUCGACGCACACGUCGGCCGCCACAUCUUCGAGAAGUGCUUGAAUGGCGAGCUGGCAGCCGGCCGGACGAGGAUCCUGGUUACCCACCACGUCGCAUUGUGCGAGCCCAAGACCAAGUACCUGGUUGAGCUCGGCGAUGGCGGUGUCUUGCAUUCCGGCCUGCUUUCGGAGUUGCGCGAAGAGGGCACCCUGCAGAAGAUCAAGAGCCAUGAGCAGUCGGCGGAGGAGAUCGAGGCGGACGAGCUGACCACCGCGGUCAACUCGGAGGGUGCCUCGGAUGCCGAGAGAGAAGAAUCAGAUGAUGCGGAGGGGAAUACCCUGAAGAAAGUGGCGUCCAGGUCCCAGGUGCCGCGCAAGUUCGUUGAGGAAGAGAGCCGCGAGCAGGGUGCUGUUCGCAAGCACGUCUACCUCACAUAUCUCAAGGACAGUGGCGGGUUCUUCUUCUGGGCGUUUGCGUGUGUCGUUUUCAUAACUGUGCAGGGUUUCUCCCUCGGGCGCUCAUGGUGGCUCAGGAUCUGGACGGGCAGCUACGAGGAACAAGGCGUCCAUCAACUGCAGGCCGCCGGGCCCUCGAGCGAAUACAGCUUUGCCUACAUCGACAGUGCUCGACAGAACCCGAUUCACGCCAUGUCCGCACCUUUACCCGCGAUCGAGGGAACCUUGCCGUUCUACCUAGGCAUCUACGUCGCCCUGUCCGUCAUGUCUUGCGUCAUUGGCACCUCGAGGUUCCUAUAUAUCUACCUGGGCUCGAUUCGUGCAAGCCGGAAGCUUUUUACCAAGAUGAACUUUACCAUCCUCCGCACCCCGAUUCGGUGGCUCGACACUGUCCCCGUUGGCCGCAUCCUGAACCGAUAUACGGCCGAUUUCAGCGUGAUCGAUUCGCAGUUGGCCAACUCGGUGAGCUUUGGCGUCAAUUCGUUCCUGGGGCUUAUGGCCGUCGUUAUCGCUGGUCUCUUCGUCUCGCCGUACAUCGUCCUGCUGGCCAGCGUCCUUCUGCUUAUCUGCCUCUACUACGCCAUCCGCUAUCUCAAUGGAGCUCGGCCUGUCAAGCGACUGGAGAGCACCACAAAGUCUCCGGUAUUCGAGCAGUUCGGCUCGGCUCUCACCGGCGUCGCUACCAUCCGUGGUUUCGACAAGGCGCAGGUCUACAUAGAGCGCAUGUACCGGAAGAUUGACGACUACUCGACUUCCACCUGGCACUUGUGGCUCUUCAACCGGUGGAUGGGCUGGCGCAUGUCUCUCGUCGGAUCGUUCUUCUCAAGCGUUGUGUCGAUCCUCAUCCUGCUCACUCCAGACAUCGACUCGGCCUUGGCCGGCUUUGCUCUCGCCUUCGCACUGGGAUUCUCGGACUCUAUCAUCUGGACCAUCCGUCUCUAUGCGAACGUCGAGUUGAAUAUGAAUGCCGCGGAGCGUAUUAUUGAGUACACCGAGCUGCCCACCGAGGCUCUCGACGGCGAGAGCCCGCCCGCUGCUUGGCCGACGGAGGGUCGGAUUGAGGUUCACGACUUGGUGGUUGGAUAUGCUCCCGACCUUCCACCCGUUCUCAAGGGACUUACUUUCAGCGUCAACCGGAAUGAGCGCAUUGGCGUUGUCGGCCGAACCGGCGCCGGCAAGUCGUCCCUGACGCUAGCCUUGUUCCGGUUCUUAGAGGCGCGCUCUGGCAGUAUCCACAUCGACGGUCUAGAUAUCUCUAAGAUCAAACUCCACGAUCUCCGAUCGCGCCUGGCCAUUAUCCCUCAGGACCCCGUCCUUUUCUCCGGCACAGUCCGCUCAAACCUCGACCCCUUCGACCACCACACCGACGCCGAGCUCCGGGACUGCCUCGAGCGCGUCCACCUCGUCACCAACCAGCCUUCUUCCUCCACCGCGACCGCCUCCGGCUCCGGCUCCGGCUCCGGCAGCGUCACCCCCGUCGAUUCCACCACGCCGAAGAACGCCAACCCGUUCGCCGACCUCGCCUCGCCCAUCUCCGAAGGCGGCCUCAACCUGUCGCAGGGCCAGCGCCAGCUCCUGUGCCUGGCGCGCGCCAUCGUGUCGCGCCCGCGCGUCAUGGUGCUCGACGAGGCCACGUCGGCGGUGGACAUGCACACGGACGCGCUGAUCCAGCGCAGCAUCCGCGAGGAGUUCACCGACGCGACGCUGGUCGUGAUCGCGCACCGGCUGAGCACCAUCGCCGACUUCGACCGCGUGCUGGUGCUGAGCGACGGGCGCGUGGCCGAGUUCGGCACGCCCAGGGAGCUGUGGGAAAAGGGCGAGCAGCAGGGCGUGUUCAGGGCUAUGUGCGAGGAGAGCGGCGAGAGGGACAAGCUGCGGGCGAUUAUCUUUGGGAGCCAGUAA